AGGUGGAGGAGGAAAGAGGAGAGAGGCAUCAGAAGAGGAAGGGAAACCGCGGCCGGGGGGCCGGCUGGUCCCGCUGGCUCCCGCUGGGCGGGGACCAUGCAUUGUGGGAGCAAGGUGAAGAGCGAAUACAUGAAGCGCUACAAAGUCCCCAAGUGGGACACUUGUGGCCCGUACUACCAGGAGCUAUUGCAUUAUCGCCUGAGUCGGCGGCUACUGGAGCAGACGCACAACCCCUGGUUAUGGGACGGCUGGGGGUCUUCCAGCAACUCGGACGAUUCCUCAUCUUCUGGAGGUGGUGGGGCCUCCACGCCCCUGGGUCCCCAGGGAGCUUCGGCCCCUUCUCCACCCCAGACUCCCCUCAAGCCCGAAAGAGAGGAAGAGGAACUAGGAGUGGAAGAGAAAGGGGCCGAGGCAUCUGAGGAUGAGGACGCUGCCAGCCUCCCAGAAACACCAGGGAAAAACACACAAGAAAAAAAUAAACAGCAAAUGAAAGUGAAAAAACAACAGAUAGCAGUGAAAGACAAACUAAUGGAUAACACAGAUCAUCCUCCACAACGUGCUUUGCUUUCUGGAGCUAAUAAGAAAACAGCUAAAAGUCCUCAAAGACCAAGUAAAACAAAAGAAGUCAAACAUCCAUUUGCUCUUUAUGGCUGGGGGGAAAAACAGACAGAUACUGGGAGCCAGAAAACACAUAAUGUAUGUGCUUCUGCUUCAGAACAACAGUUUCAUGAGUCAGCAUUACGAGCCAAGAACAGAAGACAAGUGGAAAAAAGAAAACUGGUCAGUCAGAGACAAAGAGAGGUGCAGAAACACAGAAGGAACAAGCCUUCCUCUUCAUGGAUGACAGAGUACAUGAGAUGCUACUCAGCAAGAGCUUGAUGAAAGAAAAAUGUGCUUAGAUGACCUCAUUAAAAACAGGACAUUGGCUUGAGAAACACAA